AUGGCUAGAAAUAGCUGCUAUCUGGAGGGGUUGCGGUCAGAGGAAAUGGUCAUGGAUCAAUUGGUGGACGCGUAUCGUUUACGAGUGGAGGAUGAGAGGUUGUAUUGUGGGCGGCUGAGAGGGCGAUAUAGUGUCAACUCUACCAGGAUGACUGCUGCUGCUCCUGCUGAUGCGGAAAGAAGUGCAAGCAGCACCACCAGUCAAGCACUCCAAUAUGCCUUGCAGGAUUUCCAGGAUUUUCUGGACCUGGCCGAGUCUGAAUCUCGCAACAAUAAUCACGAUAACGAAGCGCAUCAUGGUUAUGGGAAUGCUGAAGAAGAGGAAGAAGAUAUGAAUGGUGAUUCUUCCUCGCCGUCCUCGUCCACUACAAUGAACACCGACACUGACAACUCGAGUUCUUCCUCUCCCUCUUCUUCUUUAACACUAACGACAACAAUGUCGACGAUGGCGAAUGAAACAUCAAAACAGGGCAAAGACACCACAGUCCUACCACAAUGGUGGAACGCCGAGAAGAGAGGGCUUUGUGAAGCGCGUGCCAUUGACGGAAGUGGUGAUGUAUGGUCAAAUCUUGGUCAACCCGCGGGCAAAGACGACAUUCUCGAUCAUUAUCAGGAUAACCUGAUGCCCAUGAAGCUUCGAAUGCUUGCUGAGAGAGUGUAUGGUUCAGAUGUUAUGGGCCAGUCUCGUUUGUGA